UCGGAAUAGACCCGGAGGGAGGGGGUCUGCACGGCCACCAGAGCCAGGCCAUGGAGCUCGGGGAGUCGGGGAAGGUUCCUGUGACCCUUGAUGACCUUACCCUGUACCUGCUUCAGGAAGAAUGGAUGCCACUGGGUAAGCCACAGAAGGACUUCUCUACUUCUGACAAGCUGACAGCACCUCUAGGACCAACUGCUGCCAAUCCUGAGCUAUUCUGUGGUUUGGGACAAACGACCAAGCCAUGGCUAGGCAGCAUCCAGGGCCAGAGGAAUCUUUUGAACCAUCAUCCUGGAAAAACUCAUGUGAACCCUAUGGAAGAGAUGGACAUGCAGGGUUCCACCAGGGAGAAAGGACAGUACCGGCCACCUCAAAAGAAAGCUUGCCAUGCUCACUUAAGUACAGAGAACAGCUCAGCUGCGGAAGACUGGACAGGAGGAGACAAGAAACCCCCAAAGCCCCGCUCUAUCCAGAAGUCAUGGUUUACAAAGUUUCCAUGGUUGAUCAUGAAUGAGGAACAGACAGCUCUGUUUUGUGCUGUCUGUCGUGAAUACCCAUCUGUCAGGGACAGAAGGUCACGACUAGUAGAAGGCUACACGGGACCAUUCAAGAUGGAAACUCUCAAAUACCACGCCAAGAGCAAGGCCCACAUAUUCUGUGUCAAUGCCCUGGCCACCAAGGACCCCGUCUGGGCAGCCCACCUUCAGAGUCUCGGGGACAGUCCUGGAGAUAUCUUGGCCAGCCCUGAACACCUCCUCACUGCAGAUGACCCCACAUUCUACCUGCCAGGGCCUCUGGGAGACUUUGGUGGCCUAGAUGAGCUCCUGUCUAGCCCAAGAGCUGAACCAGAGGACCCUUCAGGGAGUAGAGCCACCCCUGCGUUGUAUUUAGACUGCGAGUCAGGUCUGAGGCAAAAAGAAAUCGGCAGUGACAUCCUCAGUCCCUCAAAUAGCAGCACGUUACUUAAGGACGGUAUUGAUCUCUGCAGCCAGGUAACAUGUUUAUUGAUUGUUGUGCCGUAGAGAGGGCUCCAUACUGCAAGUGACAGAAAAUGAAAGAUGAUGAUGGAAAAAAGAAUGGUAGCAGUACUCAGCACUGACAUCCUGGGGUCACCAGAGCACACGUGCUUUUUAUAUUUUUUUGAUCUUUGAUUUAUUUUUAUCUUAUGCACGUGAGUGUCUGCCUACAUGUGUUUGUGCACCACAUGUGUGCAGUACCCGUGGAAGCCAGAAGAGGGCACCAGAUGCCCUGGAACUGGAGUCAUAGACAUU